AUGAUCGGCCAGUUCUUCAGCCGCAAAGGCACCAGCAACCCCGCCACCAGCCCCGCGCCCACGGCCACGCUCGACUCGGCCACGGAGGAGUCGCACACACGCCAUCUGCUGUACCCGGACUCCAGCACCCUCUUCCACCCCGACGGGCUGCCCUACCCGCUCCACGCCGCCCCUCUGACGCCGGGCAGCGGCCACGACGGGCCUCUUCCUGAGAUCGAUCUCGAGUUCCCGCGCGACGUCCGCAUCAUCAUCGCCCAGGAUGACUUCGCACACAUGGCCAAGACAGUCUUGUUCGACAGCAAGCCAGGCCCGCCGCGCGCCGAGUCGCCUGCCCACUCCCGCACGAGAGCCUUUGGCGGCACCAGUACUGCGGCGGCUGGCACUGCCGGCCCGACGCUGGGAGGCCUGCAUGCCCGGCGAACGUCUCUUGUUGCAGAGCCGACACCCAGGUCGCCCGCUGUGAGCGGCUUUACGCGCACGCGCACACGCGGCGCUUCUAUAUCAUCCAUGCCGAACAUCGACGAGCACGCCCAGAUCCAGGCCCAGGCCCAGGCCCAGGCGCGCGCCAGGGAGUCCUCCGACCUGGUCAACACCUGUCUUGAAUGCAUGUUCGGCAGCACGAGCAUGACCUACCGUGGCAAUUCUAACAAGAUGCACAUUGUGCCCCUCGACACCAAACCCGAGGCUACUGUGCUUGGGCCCAGCAUCCACGAAGUGUCUGGCUCGCUGGGACGUGGUGAUGGCUUUCGGAGAAGAAGCAACCUCGCGAAUUCGUUCACGCCCUCGAACCUACCUACAGACCUACCACGUGCCGAUUCGAACGAAGGUGUGCUCAAGGAGCCAAAACGUCGGACCAUCUUCAUCACGCGCAUGUUCUCUGUGCCCAGCCCAGACGACAGCACCGAAGCCCGCACAUCAACAAAUGCGCCGAGCACUCAGCCACAGGGCGGUGGCUUCCCUUUCCCACAGGCCAAUCCGAACGCCAAAGCAGGACCUCAGAAGCCCACACAUCUGAAUCAGCCCCGUAAGACACCGAUGUAUGCCAUCACCAUCAUCCUGCACCUUCCAAUCGCACCAACCUCGAAUCCACGAGCGGCCCCCAAGACGCCAGGCCACUUUUCGACCUCGGCGCCUGGUCAGGACUCACUCGCAUCUUCCCUCGACUCUGAUCGGCGCGCAGGUUGGGCGUUCGUCGACUCGAACCUUGGGGGUGAUGCGCUCGUCUCGUCGGCGCUGAGCAGUCAUGUCGACGACCGAGUCGAUGUCGUGGGCCAGCAUUGGGACGUGAUCAUGCGUGCCCUGACAAGCUUGCAACAUGUCGUCCAAGAGCGCAUAUCUGCUCACUACAAAGCGCCGGUCGCCAUGUCACCGCCUGACCAGCCACAACACCGCCGAGCACCUUCCCGAGCGAGCCUCCGCGAAGGUCCACCGCCAUUGGGUCGCAGACCUCCCCUACGCCUCCAGCCCAAUGCACUCAUGUUGGAUAAGGAGAUACAAGCCGCAGCAGAGCUGACCGGCAACCGUGUAGUCAGUGGCAUGCGCAUACCUCGAGUCAUGACAGGCCAGGGAAAGUGGGGAGUGUGGCGUGAGGAGGCAAGAUGGCUUGGAAAAUGGGCCGGCAAAAGGGAGCAAAACUUCUUCUUCUUCAACUUGCUAACAGCCUUCCUUGGAAACCACACUGAGUGGCUCAGCAUCCUAGGUCCCAAAUGGGCUCGGAAGCGCCAUCGAGAGCAACUGAAGGCUACAGUCGGAGAGAACAUCGUCAUUCCAACCCGCACUGUUAUUGUGUCUCCUGACAAGAUGGCAGCAAGGAGACUAAUAUUCCUUCUUGCGGCUUUCCUGCCGCCAAAUUCACCUGUCAUCAGCGAUGCUGUCAACAUCGCGCGACCAGGCACAUCUGCUUCGCUCCGAGCAUACUCACAGUCUCCGCCGACCAACAUGCCUCCGUCAAGAAAACAGUCGUUGCGACGCCAAAUCAACAGACGGCCACGGGAGAAGCAGAGUAUGACGAGCAUUAGACUGCAGCCUCCUACGUCGAGCAAGGCAGACGCCACAUCCUCAGGUACCUCACACCAACGCUCGGUGUCAGCAGUUGUUGAGUUCCCAGAUGUCAUGAAGCCUCCAACACAUUCGCGGCGGUCUUCAACGCACUCAAUACGCACAAGUCUUGUUCUGCCCUCGAUGUCUGAUGGCACUGCCCUGAGCAAGAACACGGUACUCUCGCCAUCGACUGCUGCACCGCAGAGUGCCAUCCCUAUUGCGCACUUUACGUUACCAAGAACUAGAUCUGGUGGACCAAUUGCGGAUCAUAGACCAGAAACUAGCGAUAGCCUAGCAUCGGCGAAUCUAAUAAACACUCUGCACAGAAGCGGGACCGGCCAAACCAGCCUGGAAAGCAACGACUCUAGCAACAAUAGCCGGUGGAGUGGGUUCAUCAACUUUUGGAGCGGUGGAAGGCGAGACUCGUCGACUGAUGGCAGUAACUAUCUGCAAACAACUGAUGACGGUGUUGGAUUUCGCGGGCUGGAACGGCCUCGGUCGCAUCUCGAACAAAUGGUGCGGGAGAGUCAAGAGCUGACUCUCGAGGAAGGUGUGUUCGAAGAAGGCGAACCAUACGAAACACCAGGAACCAGCGCGAACUCUGCCAUCAAGGUCGCAUCUGAGACUUUUCCAAUCAGUAGAUCCAGCGGCAUUCCUGUCUCAGCAGCACGACCUAUUCCUGAACGGCCAAAGACCUACGAUUCUCAACUCAAACUAUCUGUCAACGAAAAGGACGGAGUGAUCGAUGUUGACAUCGCCCUUCCCGACUUUGGCUCACCCCUACAAUCUCCCAUCUUCGGCGGCGCAGGCUCAGUAGGCAGUCAGCACGGCUCCAGCUUUGGCGAAUCCUCUAUUCUGUCAAUGCCCUUCAAUGAGCCCGAGCAGCCCGUCAACGCCGCCGGCUGGCUAUCGCAGUUCCACCCCGACUUCGCUAUUCAAGCCAUCAAGCCAUAUGCCACACUCGAGCGGGAGAUCAAGCGUGCAAUGUCUGCAGAGCCGACACCUAUCACCUCUGCUACAACACCGUCCGUUGAAACCGGGCCGCUGGAGCGCUGGGUUGAUGUGUGCUCUGCCCUUGUGGCUGACACACGCACCUUCUCCAUCAAGCGCCUUAGCCUCCGCCGUCUUGUCCGUCUUAUUCCCGCCCCGACUUACCAGCCCACAGCCCUCACUCCCGGCGUCGCAGGCAUGCCACCCGGUCGCUCACAGUAUGGUAACCCGUAUACAUUCUCACCUGUGGCGCCGAUGCCAACAGAAAUCCACCUUGCUGAGAAGUUCGACGAAGAGGCAAUUAUGGACUUUGACGCCGUACUAAUCGAGGGCAUCGACCGCGUUCUCGCACGUUCGGGCGACAUCACACGAGUCAACUCGAAUCAAUCGUCGCGCUCGAGCUCGAGACGUGGACGCAGGGACACAAGAGCUGACUCAGAUGUCACGGGUGUGGGCAGAGGCGCGCACGUUGAGGUAUCACAGACGGACUGCAAGGGUGUGAUCUUUGAUGCGCUGGAGACGGUCGUAAAGAAUGUCACGGCUGAGAGGAGUACUGAGAAGGAGGCAGAGGGUGGUGAGGAGAAGAGCGUCAGGACUGUCAAUCAGAGGACGUAUACCCACUCGAGUCUGAAGGAAGGAGUGCGAAGGUGGUUAUCUGAGGUCGAAUGA